AUGGAAGAGGAGCCUACCGCAAACGGCCCAACACGACCCCAGAGCGCCACGCGGUUUCGGUUCUCUGACUCCAGUCCCCAGUACAGACUUCGCGAUAAGAAUCUCUGCAUCAUUGUGUUUUUUGUCAUCGGUGUUAUGACGGUGGCUUGCGCCUGCACGGCCAUCGUGUCCGCCGUUGUAGAACACUUCUGGACGUCCAUUGAUGACACCGAGGAGGGCCCCGCCGUUCCCCGUAAGUCCGCUCAGGUGGUGAUGCAGAAACUAUCCGACGAUGACCUCGGCAAGACCGUCUUCUGCUUCGUAAACCAGAGCGAGCCAUCGGGCUCGCCUCACCCGCUGAACCUGGAGAACGUGUCCACGAGUCUCUGUGACGCCAUUGUCUACGUUUCGGUCGGAGUAGAUGUCCCCCAGAGCCGCAUCCGCCCCAGAAAAGCAGACGCCGAAGCUGCAGGACCCAGGCGCCUGGCAGCGCUCAAGACACCCUCAGUGACCAUGUGGGCCUGCGUCGGGGGCGAAGCUGGCGACAGUCCCGAUUUCCAAGACCUGAUUCGUAGUAAGAAAUCUCGACUGGCGUUCAUUCACAACGCCGUCGCUUGGCUGCGCCACACUGGGCUAGACGGCCUGGUGCUCUACUGGAAGUACCCGGACCUCGAGGUGCGCACCAACUGGAGCACGCUCAUCAACACGAUGCGGGUUUUGUUCGACAAGGAGGGUUUCCAGGUUACCGUUAUGCUGCCCUGGAGUCAGACGACCCGACGGCAUGGCUACUUUGAGCACUCCAUUUAUGAGCGACUCGAUAUGGUGCUGGUGGACAGUCAUCACACGGUAGAGCCAAGCAGGUUCCCCGUGACCACCUGCCAGAGCCCCGUUCGCUCCGUGUUUCGAGCCCGACACCACGGCCAAACGGGGCUCUCCACCAUCCUCGACGACUUGUCUAUGGUCGCGGAGCAUCUGCUGCUCAAGACGGUGCUAAGCGUAUCGCUCGCCGGUGUGUCCUUCACGGUCAAAAGACCCUGGAUGCACCACCGCGUGGGCAUGGACGCCAUCGGACCUGGACGAUCCUUCGGGUACACCAACCAGUCGGGACGGACCGGCUACUACGACGUGGCUCAGCUGCUGCUGAGCAAUGCUAGCUGGGCACGUUUUUUCCACGGCCACUCCCGCUGCGCCGUGGCCCACUGGAAGGACCAGUGGAUUGGGUUCGAGGACCGCGUCAGCUUGCGAGCGAAGCGGCCACUCGUGCGCAAGACCUUGGGCCUUGCCGUCUGGGAUUUGGCCAUGGACGACUUUGCUGGAGACAUGGGCCCCGCAUGGCCCCUGCUGCGCCAAGUGCACGAGCUUGUUCACGCACGAAGCAGCUACUCCCUCGUCACAGCCUCCAUUCCGCUCUGA